AUGAAAAUCAGCUCGAUUCUUCUUUUAAAAAUAAGUGAAGCUAGCCUUGUUUCCAAACCAGGACCAGUUGUGAUUAAUACUUGGCCGUUCGCGGACGCGUGUAAGAAUGCGUUCGAGACGUUGAAAAAUGGUGGAUCGGCGCUGGAUGCGAUCACUGAUGGAACAUCGACUUGCGAGAGGGAGAGAUGUGAUGGCUCUGUGGGCUGGGGAGGGUCGCCGGAUGAAAAUGGCGAGUCCUAUCUCGAUGCGAUGAUAAUGGACGGAGAGACCUACAAUACCGGCGCUGUAGCGUCUCUUCGUCGCUGCCGAGACGCAGCAAAAACCGCUCGACAAGUGAUGGAACACACUGAACAAACACUUCUUGUUGGAGAUCUUGCUUCUCAGUUCGCUUUUUCUAUGGGGUUCGGAACAAAUCAAAAAUCGUGGAAGAAGAAUAACUGCCAGCCAAAUUACUGGAUCAAUGUCACUCCUGAUCCGAGGAAGAAUUGCGGUCCUUAUCAACCAAUUGGACAGAAACUUGGGAUGAGCGAGAAGGAUCAAAGAAGAACUACACAGAUUCGGCGCUUAGUGACGAAUAAAAAUCACGAUACAAUCGGAAUGGUCGCUCUCGAUGCAACUGGCAAACUCGCCGCUGGAACAUCAACAAACGGACUCACUCAUAAAAUCCCUGGAAGAGUUGGUGAUUCUCCGAUCCCAGGAGCAGGGUCGUACGCGGGAUCGGCAGGUGGAGCCGCCGCGACUGGUGAUGGUGAUAUCAUGAUGCGAUUUUUGCCUUCUUAUCAGGCGCAUGAAAGCAUGAGACUUGGAAAAAGUCCGCAAGAAGCGACGAGUGAUGCGAUUGCCAGGAUACGAGCAGCUUUUCCUGAAUUCUCCGGCGCUGUGAUCGCAUUGAAUAGAAAUGGGGACUACGCCGCAGCAUGCCAUAAUAUUUACAAUAACGAAUUUCAUUAUAUGGCACAGAGCGAGGGUGAUCAAAAUCCAAAAGAAGAAAUUGCUAGCUGUUCGUUUUCAAAGCAAUUCGAAGCGGAUCAAAAAUGA